CCCCAAAAUGAAACCUGGAGGCUUUUGGCUGCAUCUCGCACUGCUCGGGGUCUCCCUGCCUGCUGCACUGGGAUGGAUGGACCCAGGAACCAGGAGAGGCCUGAACGCCAGUGGGGGGGAGUCACAGGCAGAGGAACCCAGAAGCUUUGAAGUCACAAGAAGAGAAGGGCUUCCUGGCCAUGGGCUGCUGGCCUCCUGCAAGAAAAAGCUGUGCAGCCGCGGGAGCCGGUGUGUGCUCAGCAGCGAGACCGGGGAGCCCUCCUGCCAGUGUGUGGAGGCCUGCAGGCCCCGCUACCUGCCCGUGUGUGGCUCUGAUGGGCGGCUCUACGAGAACCACUGUGAGCUCCACCGGGCCGCCUGCCUGCUGGGAAAAAAGGUUGUCGUCAUCCACAGCAAGGACUGUUUCCUCAAAGGUAACACCUGCACCAUGGCCGGCUAUGCCCGCCUCAAGAAUGUCCUCCUGGCAAUCCAGACCCGCAGGCAGCCCCUCCAAAGAGGUGACCACAGACAAGACCCUGCCUCCCAGAAGCGCCUCCUGGUGGAAUCUCUGUUUAAGGACUUGGACACAGAUGGAAACGGCCACCUCAGCAGCUCUGAACUGGCUCAGCAUGUGCUGAAGAAGCAGGACCUGGAUGGGGACUUGCUGGGGUGCUCGCCGGGUGACCUCCUCCGAUUUGACGACUACAACAGCGACAGCUCCCUGACCCUGCGCGAGUUCUUCACGGCUUUCCAGGUGGUUCAGCUCAGCCUCGCCCCCGAGGACAGGGUCAGUGUGACCACCGUGACCGUGGGACUGAGCACAGUGCUGACCUGCGCCAUCCGCGGAGACCUGAGGCCAGCCAUCGUCUGGAAGCGCAACGGGCUCACCCUGAACUUCCUGGACUUAGAAGACAUCAAUGACUUCGGCGAAGAGGACUCCCUGUACAUCACCAAGGUGACCACCGUCCACAUGGGCAAUUACACCUGCCACGCUGCGGGCCACGAGCAGCUGUUCCAGACCCACGUCCUGCAGGUGAAUGUGCCCCCGGUCAUCCGCGUCUAUCCGGAAACUCAGGCCCAGGAGCCCGGGGUGGCGGCCAGCCUGAGAUGCCACGCGGAGGGCAUUCCCACGCCCAGAAUCACUUGGCUGAAAAACGGCAUGGAUGUCUCAGCCCAGAUGUCCAAACAGCUGUCCCUUUUGGCCAACGGCAGCGAGCUCCACAUCGGCAGCGUUCGGUAUGAAGACACAGGCGCAUACACCUGCAUUGCCAAGAACGAAGUAGGUGUGGACGAAGACAUCUCCUCACUCUUCAUUGAGGACUCAGCCAGGAAGACCCUGGCGAACAUUCUUUGGAGAGAGGAAGGCCUCAGUGUGGGAAACAUGUUCUACGUCUUCUCCGACGAUGGCAUUGUCGUCGUCCAUCCUGUGGACUGCGAGAUCCAGAGGCACCUCAAACCCACAGAGAAGAUUUUCAUGAGCUACAAAGAAAUCUGUCCCCGAGAAGGAGAUUCCACCCAGCAGUGCCAGUGGGCGUCUGCAGUCAACGUGAGGAACCGGUACAUCUACGUGGCCCAGCCGGUGCUGAGCAGAAUCCUUGUGGUCGAUGUUCAAGCCCAGAAAGUCCUACAGUCCAUAGGUGUGGACCCCCUGCCGGCUAAGCUGUCCUAUGACAAGUCGCAUGACCAAGUGUGGGUUCUGAGCUGGGGGGACAUGCACAAGGCCCAGCCACGCCUGCAGGUGAUCACAGAAGCCAGCACUGGCCAGGGUCAGCACCUCAUCCGAACACCGUUCUCAGGAGUGGACGAUUUCUUCAUUCCGCCAACGAACCUCAUCAUCAACCACAUCAGGUUUGGCUUCAUCUUCAACAAGUCUGAGCCUGCGGUGCACAAAGUGGACCUGGAGACACUGAUGCUGCUCAAGACCAUCGGCCUGAGGCGCCACGGCUGUGUGCCCGAGGCCAUGGCGCACACCCACCUGGGCGGCUACUUCUUUGUCCAGUGCCAACAGGACAGCCCCGGCCCCAGGCCCCCACAGCUGCUCAUCGACGGGGUGACAGACUCGGUCCUGGGUCCCAACGGUGACGUGACAGGGACCCCGCACGUGUCCCCUGACGGGCGCUUCAUCGUCAGCGCCGCCACCCACAGCACCCGGCUGUACGUGCAGGAAGUCACGAUGCAGGGUGAGAUCCGGACCCUCUAUGACCUGGAAAUAAGCCGAGGCAUCUCAGACUUGGCCUUCCAGCGCUCCUUCACCGAGGGCAAUCAGUACAACGUCUACGCCACUCUGGAGACUGCGCCGGACCUGCUCUUCCUGGAGCUGUCCACAGGGAAGAGGGGCGUGCUGAAGAACUCCAAGGAGCCGCCUGCGGGGCCGGCCCAGCCCUGGGGGGCACCCCGCAGAGUCCUAAGGGACAGCGGGCUGUUCGGACAGUACCUGCUCACACCUGCGCAGGAGUCUCUGCUCCUGAUCAGCGGGAGGCGAAAGGCGCUGCGCUGUGAGGUGUCCGGGGUGAAGCAGGCCGCGGCGGCGGUGUGGGUGGGCGAGGUAUGAGGGCGCCCCGGCCUGGCAGCACCGCCCAGUCCCGCCACCACAGCCCAAGCCGGCACGCUGUACAUUUUCACAGACAAAAGCAAAACCCCGUAUCCGCUUUGUGGUUCAA